UCAGAGAACCAGAGUCUAAUUUAGCUUGGAAGGGCCCUUGCAGACUGUCUGGUUUGUGUGCUGCGCUGCUUAGGGCCUUGUUUAGGCACGGACUGGAUGUCUCUGAGGACAGACAGAGGUCUCGCUACCUCUCUGGUCCUGUCCAGAGGAAGAAUUCCUACCUUGCAUUUUAGGUUUGUUGUGCAUUCAGAAUAAAUUGUGUCAACGUUGUAACGGUGCUGAGCUUUAAUCCAGUGAGAGCUUUCUUCUGCUCCCUCUCAAAUCAUGUGUACCUGCAAAGUUAAAGGGAUGCUCGUUCCAUCUGUUUGCCCUGGGGGGAGGAUGAGGCCGACACCCCACUGGUUUUUGUCUCCUGUGGGAUCUGUGGUCUGGGGCAACACAAGGAAACUGGGAAAGAAUUGGAUCUGUUGGCCCACUCAGCACGUGUGCUUCCCACUGCGAGCCUGCUAUUGGCACGUGCUAGGGAAGGAAGAAAGAAGUAGGGGCUUGUGGAGUAGCUUAGGUUAGAAGGCACAAGUGGAGGUCUGUGAUCUCUUCCUCCAGUGAUAUCAGUUUUCCUAACCAUUUCUUUUAGCAUAUGCAGCAAAGUCAUUGCUCUCACAGCCCGGAGAAGCUGCUCAGUCUCUGUCUUGCUGCGUGCAGCUGGAGAGGGCUGAGAGGUCACAGAGUGGGCAACCCUCUGGUUGCUUUGGUGCUUCUGUAACUCAGCAGUUUUUAUUUAAGUACUGUAUCAUCAUUAUUUAUGUAUGAAAACCGCUCUCAGAGAACGGGCAUUAAUGCUGAACUAACGUUCGUGCCGCACUUGCAUUACUCUGUGUGCUAUGCUGUAUUUCUGGAAAAUGAUUACAUUUAAAGGAGAUUAGAAGAAGCAGCUGUAAGUGGCCACUUGCUAAUUCCCAAGUAGCAGUUAGCAGGGAAAUGGUGGUGCUUGGCUUUGGGUGGGCAAGGGAGCCUGCAUGAGUCACAGGCUGUUUUUAGAGGGAGGUCAGCAGCUUUUAGCACUGCAGUUACUUAGCUGGUUGGACUGGAUCCAGAUGUAAUUAAGAUUUAAUUAUGACUGCUUCUUAUGGAGUCUGGAUUUCACGGUAGUCUCAGAAAAUCUUAAUGGGGAGUAACACUAAAACUCGUGGCUGUGUUCUCUGGCACCUGGCGUGGUGUCCUGUGGCCUCAGAAACGCACUGUGUGCUCCAGGCGUGCGGGCCUGGCUGAGCAGGGCUGCACGAGCUGUGAUUUCUGAACCCUCGCCAGCGCUUGGAAGUUGUGCCGUGCAAGGCCCAGGCCUGAAGACAAACGUGGGACAAUGUCGGAGGCACGACAUGACAGCACGAGCAGUUUACAGCGGAAGAAGCCACCAUGGUUAAAAUUGGACAUCCCGGUGCCGGUGCCCGUGCCGGUGCCAGAAGAGCCGGUGCAGCCAACAAGACGUCAGGCCUUUCUACGAAGCGUGAGCAUGCCUGCUGACAACAGCCGCGUGCCCUCCUUGCCUAAUGAAGUGAGGAGACCGGUGCUACAACGACAGACCUCAAUCACCCAGACCAUCAAGAGAGGCACAGCUGACUGGUUUGGUGUAAGCAAAGACAGUGAUGCUACACAGAAAUGGCAGAGAAAGAGCCUUCGCCACUGCAGCCUGCGGUAUGGGAAGCUGAAACCUCAGGUCAUCCGAGAAAUGGACUUGCCCAGUCAGGACAAUAUUUCUCUAACAAGCACAGAAACCCCCCCUCCACUCUAUGUCGGGCCCUGCCAGCUGGGCAUGCAGAAGAUCAUAGACCCUUUGGCCCGCGGCCGAGCUUUCCGAAUGGCUGACGACAAUGAUGGCUACAGCAUCCCCCACACACCCAUCACGCCAGGUGCCACGUCGCUCUGCUCCUUCACCAGCUCACGCUCGGGCUUCAAUCGCCUCCCGCGACGGCGGAAACGGGAAUCUGUUGCCAAGAUGAGCUUCCGAGCAGCUGCGGCUCUGGUGAAGGGUCGCUCUGUGAAGGACAGCACACUGAGGAGGGCUCAGCGGCGCAGCUUCACCCCAGCAAGUUUCAUGGAGGAGGAUACAGUGGAUUUUCCAGAUGAGCUCGACACUUCUUUCUUUGCUCGGGAAGGAGUCCUUCAUGAGGAGCUCUCUACUUACCCAGAUGAGGUGUUUGAGUCGCCUUCAGAAGCUGCAGUCAAAGAUACUGAAGUAAAACCUCUAGACCAGACAGAUCUCACAGGAGGUGCCUUGGACAAAAAUGAGCUUGAAAGAAGCCACUUGCUGCUCCCACUGGAGCGAGGCUGGAGGAAGCAGAAGGAUGGGGGGGGCCUGGCACAGCCCAAAGUCCGCUUGCGGCAGGAGGUGGUGAGCGUCAGCCCGCAGAAGCGUGGGCAGCGCAUCGCCGUGCCGGUCAGGAAGCUUUUCGCCAAGGAGAAGCGGCCGUACGGGCUGGGGAUGGUGGGGAAGCUGACCAACAGGACGUACCGCAAGCGCAUUGACAGCUACGUGAAGCGGCAGAUUGAGGACAUGGACGAUCACAGGCCCUUCUUCACGUACUGGGUCACCUUUGUGCAUUCGCUCAUCACCAUCCUUGCUGUGUGCAUCUACGGCAUUGCCCCUGUGGGGUUCUCACAACAUGAAACUGUUGAUUCAGUUUUGCGAAACAGAGGGGUUUAUGAAAAUGUCAAAUACGUUCAGCAGGAAAACUUCUGGAUCGGCCCCAGUUCAGAGGCCCUGAUCCACCUGGGGGCCAAGUUCUCACCAUGCAUGAGGCAGGACCAGCAAGUGCACAGCUUCAUUAAGGCCAAGCGUGAGAAGGAGAAGCACUCGGCGUGCUGUGUACGAAAUGACAAGUCUGGUUGCGUGCAGACUUCGGAGGAGGAGUGCUCAUCCACCCUGGCUGUGUGGGUGAAGUGGCCCUACCACUCCAGCACACCGAUGCUGGCAGGAAGCAAGAGGCAGUUUGGGUCUGUUUGUCAUCAGGACCCCAGGGUGUGUGAGCAGCCCGCCUCGAUGGAGCCACAUGAGUGGCCAGACGACAUCACCAAGUGGCCGAUCUGCACAAAAAACAGUGCUGGGAAUUAUACAAACCACCUUCACAUGGACUGCGUGAUUACAGGCAGGCCCUGCUGCAUUGGGACCAAAGGAAGGUGUGAAAUAACUUCCCGGGAGUAUUGUGAAUUUAUGCGUGGCUACUUCCAUGAGGAGGCAACACUUUGCUCUCAGGUUCACUGCAUGGAUGACGUUUGUGGACUCCUCCCUUUCCUAAAUCCAGAAGUCCCUGACCAGUUCUACCGUCUCUGGCUCUCACUUUUCCUCCAUGCUGGGAUCCUGCACUGUCUGGUUUCAGUCUGUUUCCAAAUGACGAUCCUGCGGGACCUAGAGAAGCUGGCAGGAUGGCAUCGCAUCUCUAUCAUCUACCUGCUCAGUGGCAUCACUGGGAACCUUGCCAGUGCAAUAUUUCUACCCUACAGAGCAGAGGUUGGCCCUGCAGGAUCCCAGUUUGGGAUUCUGGCCUGUCUCUUUGUGGAGCUCUUCCAGAGUUGGCAAAUCCUGGCUCGCCCGUGGAGGGCUUUCUUCAAGCUGCUGGCUGUGGUGCUCUUUCUUUUUGCCUUUGGCCUCCUGCCUUGGAUUGAUAAUUUUGCUCACAUUUCAGGAUUCAUCAGUGGUUUCUUCCUCUCCUUUGCCUUCCUGCCCUACAUUAGCUUUGGGAAGUUUGAUUUGUAUAGGAAGCGAUGCCAAAUUAUUGUUUUCCAGCUCAUCUUCAUUGCACUCUUCUCAGGACUUGUGAUUCUAUUCUAUUUCUACCCCAUCAAGUGCGAGUGGUGCGAGUUCCUUACUUGUAUACCAUUCACAGACAAAUUCUGUGAGAAAUACGACCUGGAUGCACAGCUUCACUGAAAGGCAAAGACUGGCUUCUCGAGCAGGCACUGGAGAUGGACUGUCUUUGCAUUUGCUGUGCUAGUUCCACGUGGACAGAGCUUCUAAUCCAGUGACACUUCUAACCAGGGCCGUGGUUAAUUUAAACCGUCUCUAGCACUCAGCAGGCAUGGUUUGCCUUAUCUCAGAAGACUCUGAACAGAAUGUUUGUGCCUUGUUCAAUUGUAUUGAACCUCUUCUGCUGCCAUUAUUUUUAUUACACUAGUUUCAAUACUACAUUUUUAACCAGAGUUAUUUACUACUGCUAAGGUGGUGAUUAAAUGGAAAGGUAGCGUUUUAGCUACUGCUAAUUGUUUUGCAUA